AUGCUGGGGGCCUGCCUGGGCCUCUGGGUCUGCACCCUGGUCUGUGCGGUCCACGCCUAUCCCAACACCUCCCCGCUGCUGGGCUCCAGCUGGGGCGGCCUGACCCACCUGUACACGGCCACGGCCAGAAACAGCUACCACCUGCAGAUCCACAGGGACGGCCACGUGGAUGGCUCACCCCAGCAGACCAUCUACAGUGCCCUGAUGAUCAGAUCUGAGGAUGCAGGAUUCGUGGUGAUUACAGGGGUGGUGAGCCGGAGAUAUCUCUGCAUGGACUUCAGAGGCAACAUUUUUGGAUCUCAUCACUUCAGCCCCGAGAGCUGCAGGUUCCGGCAGCGGACGCUGGAGAACGGCUACGACGUGUACCACUCGCCGCAGCACCGCUUCCUCGUCAGCCUGGGUCGGGCCAAGCGGGCCUUCCUGCCGGGCACCAACCCGCCCCCGUACGCGCAGUUCCUGUCGCGCAGGAACGAGAUCCCGCUGCUGCACUUCGCCACCGCGCGGCCCCGGCGCCACACGCGCAGCGCGCACGACGGCGGGGACCCGCUGAGCGUGCUCAAGCCGCGCGCCCGCGCCACGCCCGCGCCCGCGCCCGCCUCCUGCUCGCAAGAGCGGCCCAGCGCCGAGGACAGCGGCCCUGCGGCCAGCGACCCGCUGGGGGUGCUCCGCGGCCACCGGCUGGACGCGCGCGCCGGGCCGGGGGGCGCCGAGCGCUGCCGGCCCUUCCCCAGCUUCGCUUAGGGCGGCCCAACUCGGAAAGCCAAACCGUCUGGGGCGCGGGCUGGAGGUGGGGCGAACCGGCCCCGCUUCCUCCCUUAGCGGGAGGUCCCCGGGGAUUGCCCUUGGAGCGGUGGCGCCCCUCGCCUUCCUCCUCCCACCUGGACGCGCUCCUUUGGGAGAGGAAGGGUUCCCUCACCCCCAGUCCUUCCUCUUCCCUCUCCUCUCCUCUCCAUCAGUCUAACAUUAAGAACAGGGGCUUAGCGAGUUGACCAGCCGGGAGGUGAAGCAGGGAGCCCAAGCCAGCGGCUUCUCCACCGCCCCCUGCUUUGUGCCAUCUGCCUGGACCCUGUCGGCAGGGUUAGAGUUUGCAACCUUGACCUGGGGGAUUAACAGCUCGACUGAGCAAAACCCAUGAAAAUCCUAACCUCAAGCCUUCGUUCUUCCUUAAGCAUCUCUGGAGAAGGGCCGUCAACAAGACUGGGGGUAGGCUGGUCAAAACUUAGCCAGAAUGAGCACCCGGAGGAUGGAGGCAGGGAUCAAGCUAGAGACGCGAGCUCCUUACAGGAUGGCCCCUUGCCCUGCUCUGUCCCUCUGCGCAGACAAAGCCCGGCCCAGAGUGACGCUGCGCUUCCCACGUGGCCCCUGCCUCUUGGCCCUACCUUUGGCUUGAGUGAAU